CUCCGGUUCGAUAUAGCCACAUAGAGCUGAUGGUCUCUGUGUGAAGGAGCUACGCAAAGGGGACCCGAUUCCAUGCCAACAACAACAACAGCAGCAGCAAUGGCAGAAGCAGAGAUGCGUCAGAGGCUACUGUGCACCGUCAAGAAGGAGGUGAAGCAGAUCAUGGAGGAGGCUGUCACAAGGAAGUUUGUACAUGAAGACAGCAGCCACAUUGUCUCGUUUUGUGCUGCGGUGGAGGCUUGCGUUCUACAUGGGCUUAAGCGGCGAGCGGCGGGAUUCCUGCGUAGCAAUAAAAUAGCAGCGCUCUUCAUGAAGGUGGGGAAGAGCUUCACCCCGGCAGAGGAGCUGUGCAGGAAGGCUCAGGAGCUGGAACAGAUCAUCGAGAGCAAGCGGAACCAAAGCAUGCCCAACCAGGACAGCGUACGGAGACUGCCCAGGCUGUCGAGCCUCAGCCCGCAGGUGGUCAGAAACCUGUGGAUCCGCACGGCCCUCUUCGAGAAGGUGCUGGACAAGAUCGUGCUCUACCUCGUGGAGAACAGCAGUAAAUUCUACGAAAAAGAGGCCAUUCUGAUGGAUCCGGUGGACGGACCCAUUCUGGCCUCUUUGUUAGUGGGGCCCUGUGCCUUGGAGUACACGAAGAUGAAAACAGCGGACCACUUCUGGACAGACCCCUCAGCAGACGAGCUGGUCCAGAGACACCGCAUCCACAGUGGUCACUGCAGACAGGAAUCCCCCACCAAGAGGCCUGCCCUUUGUAUCCAGAAGAGACAUUCAAGUAGCAGCAUUGAUGAGCGGCCUUCCCCCUCGCCCUCAGCCCGGGACUAUGUGGAGUCACUACACCAAAACAACAGAGCCACCCUGCUGUUUGGAAAGAACAACGUGCUGGUGCAGCCGAGGGAUGACAUGGAGGCUAUCCCAGGAUACCUUUCUCUCCACCAGACCGCCGACAUCAUGACGCUGAAGUGGACGCCCAAUCAGCUGAUGAACGGCUCUGUGGGAGACCUGGACUAUGAGCACAGUGUGUACUGGGAUUACGCUAUGACCAUCCGCCUGGAGGAAAUUGUUUAUUUGCACUGUCAUCAGCAGGUGGACAGCGGGGGCACGGUGGUGCUGGUGAGCCAGGACGGCAUCCAGAGACCCCCGCUGCGCUUCCCUAGAGGGGGGCAUCUGCUCCAGUUCCUCUCCUGCCUGGAGAAUGGCCUCUUGCCCCAUGGCCAGCUGGAUCCUCCGCUCUGGUCCCAGAGAGGAAAGGGGAAGGUGUUCCCUAAACUGAGAAACAAGUGUUCACAGGGCUCCUCGGACUCAGUGUCCGAUAAGGAGGAGGAUGAGGCCACAGACUAUGUCUUCCGCAUCCUGUUCCCCAACAGCCAAUCAGAGUUUGUGACUAUAACACACCCUCCCCGUGUUUCCCCGGGGGCUCCUCUCCUGUCCCGCUCCUUCUCCCUCCAUCUGAGAGGAAAGCCCCCGACCAAAGGGAUCUUGGUGGUUCCAAAGCGCUCCUGCAGCUAUCCCAGAGAUCACUCCUCAACCACCACAGGGAACAGCUUGGCUCCAGAGCUGAUGGACCAGGGGGCCAACAUCUGGCAGCCCAUCCCCAGGAAGUCCUCCUACUCAUCCUGUACCCAGGGCAGCUUCUCAGAUGGAGGACCCCCCAACGGUUGCAACCAUGAAAGAGCCCCUUUGAAGCUGCUGUGUGACCAAAUGAAGUAUCAGAUAAUCUCCCGGGCGUUCUAUGGCUGGCUAGCUUAUUGUCGUCAACUGUCCACUGUACGUACACACCUCUCGGCCCUGGUCAACCACACUAUCGUGGCACCCGAUGUGCCCUGCGAUGCCUUCACGGGCCUCACCGCUGAGGUGUGGCAGAGGUUCCUUCAGGACUGCACUGCCUAUAACGAGCAGGAGCUGCUGCGCCUGGUGUACUUCGGCGGUGUUGAUCCUUCGCUGCGUAAGGAGGUGUGGCCCUUCCUCCUGGGCCACUACCAGUUUGGCAUGUCUGAGUCUGACAGGAAAGAGGUGGAUGAGCAGGUGCGGGCGUGCUACGAGCAGACCAUGAGCGAGUGGCUGGGCUGCGAGGCCAUCGUGCGGCAGCGGGAGAAGGAGCAGCAUGCAGCGGCGCUGGCUAAGUGCUUGUCUGUCUCGGCCAGCGUGGAUAAUCCCAACCCUGUCCAGAGGAUGCUGCACCAUGACUCCAGCAUCAGCAAUGAGUCCUCCCGGAGCUGCAGCUCAGACAGACAGAGCCUGGCUCGCCUGCAGAGUGACUCCAGCAGCAGCACCCAGGUGUUUGAGUCUGUGGAGGAGGUGGAUCAGAUUGAGACCGAGCCCAAGUGCAAAGAGGCCAAGCAGGUGCCCAAGAUCCCCAAUGGAGGAGCCCUGCCCAACGGGACCAGCUCCCCAGACUCGGGUCACCCCUCCUCUCGCAACUUCUCAGUCACCUCGGGCCUGUCAGACCGCUCUCUGAGCACAGAGGACAGCACUGCGCCUGACACCACCCCUAAAAACAUCACCAGCACUCCUCCACAGUUGGCCCCAGCCCCACAGAGCCCAGUCAAAGCCCAUGAGGAAGAGUUGGAGGCAGAUAGCCCGAGAGCCCAACCCCCAGCCCUGCAGGAGGAGAAGGACCUCCAGGCCAAGGACCCACCAGAGAAGGAGGAAAAAGAGAGUGCGACCGAAGUGACCCAGGAGAUUGAGGGCAACGAGACAGAAGGGCCAGAUAUAGAAAUAGACAAAAAUACAGUGACAGUAGAGCCAGUAGAAACAGAAAUGCCAGAAGUAGAAAUUGACAAGACAGAGGUGCUAGAGAUUGAAAUUGACAAAAACACAGAGACAAGGGAGGACAAGGCAGCAGACCUAGGUGCGUUAGAGAGCCAGAAAAUGGAGGAAGAAAAUACUUCCGUGACUGGACCUCCCGAGAAAGAAGAGGUAAGGAUCAAUGAAAAGGGGGACAUUGAGUUACCGAAAGCAGAAGUGGAUGCUGUAGAAGAAACGGUGAAGUCCAAAACAGAUGAGUUCAAAACAACGGAGGCUAAAGAGCCUGAGACAGAAGUGGUGAAAAUGUUGGAUGGAGAGCCAACCAUGCGAGCAGACACAGAGGAGUUGCAGUCACUGGAAGCAGAGACAUUGAAAACUCAAGAGUCAAGAGAAACAGAGGACGAAGGAUCAGAACCAGAGUCUGUAGAUCCAGAAGAGAAUGAAACAUCCCAAACAAACCAUAGAGAGCCAAAAGAGGAGAAGGCAUUGACAUCAACGAUGACUGCAGAAGCAAUGGAGGACAAGACAUCAGAAUUCGAGGUUGAGCGAACUUCAGAGGCUGGAGAAACAAAGAGUGCUGAAACAUCAGAAGUAAAGGAAGCUGAAGGAAAGACUAUGGAAAAAAAAGAAACUGAGAAAGAAGUAGAAGCCAAUGAGACUUUAAAAUUUGAAGAGGUAACCGAAACAAAGGGGGUUAAGACAAUGUCACGCGAAGAAGUUGCAGAGGAAAAUGUGGAGGACAUUACAAAAUCUAAGGAAGUGGGAAAAAGAGCCAUUGAGAUGGCCACCGUCUCCAUUGCCCCACUGUGGGACCGGAUUGGUCCGUGCGACAGUUCCGGGGUCGGGGUCGCUCUCUCUGAGGGCUCAGUCCCCCAUCUGGAGCUCCAACUGGAGGAGGAGGAGCAGUGCAAAACCAGCCCAGAGGGCACAGAGUCCAACUUGUCCGAGGAGCCUGAGAUGGAGAGCAUCUUCCCACAAUUUGACUCCCUGACCGUGGGCAGAGAGCUGACAAACGAGGACAUUUCUCCAGUGUCAUCCAUCGGAACCACCUAUUCUCAAGAGCUUUUGGACAUGUACACGAUGAACCUGCACCGCAUUGAGAAGGAUGUCCAGAGGUGUGACAGAAACUACUGGUACUUUACCCCUGCCAACCUGGAGAAACUGCGCAACAUCAUGUGCAGCUAUAUCUGGCAGCACCUGGAGAUUGGCUAUGUGCAGGGCAUGUGUGACCUGCUGGCUCCCCUCCUUGUCAUUCUGGAUGAUGAGGCCAUGGCCUUCAGCUGUUUCACUGAGCUCAUGAAGCGGAUGAAUCAGAACUUCCCCCAUGGCGGUGGCAUGGACACUCAAUUUGCCAACAUGCGCUCUCUCAUCCAGAUCCUGGAUUCUGAGCUCUUUGAGCUCAUGCACCAAAAUGGCGACUACACCCACUUCUACUUCUGCUACCGAUGGUUCCUUCUAGACUUAAAGCGUGAGCUGGUGUAUGACGAUGUGUUUGCGGUGUGGGAAACCAUCUGGGCAGCAAAGUACGCCUCCUCUGGCCACUUUGUCCUCUUCAUCGCUCUGGCACUGGUGGAGGUCUACCGGGACAUCAUUCUGGAGAACAACAUGGACUUCACCGACAUCAUUAAGUUUUUCAACGAAAUGGCUGAGCAUCACAACAGCAAGCAGAUCCUGACACUGGCCCGGGAACUGGUGUGCAAGGUGCAGACUCUCAUUGAGAACAAGUGAUCUCCAGGAGUCAUCCACUUCUCUUCCCCAACAGUCUUUCUCAAACAUAGAGAUAGAGGACUCAUAUUUGUAUCUGUUCUAUUAUAGCGUCUGUGACAGCAUGGGCAGUGGCGUUGAGGCUAUCUCCAUUUGAAAGUAGUCAAUUUUCUUCUUUACGAUUGGCUGAUCCCUCCUGAUGACACGGUGCUGCCCAUGCUAAAACAGUGUUUUGGCUAAUAGAGACCUCUAUCAUUCUCUAUGGUCAGUUUGAACAGCUGCAACCGAACAGAGAGAUCAGGGUCCAGUUCAUUAGGCACCAAAUGGAAUAAAAGAGACGUAGGGAGGCACUACUUAGACUAGUCCUAUAAGAAACUGUCAAUUUCAUUUUCAGUCACAAAAUGUUUUCAAUUGCGUGCCUUGAUGAACAUGACUGAGAUGUGCUCCACUGUUCACUGCCUUCUCCUUAUCUAUGUAAUACCAGCCGGUACUCUGUCAUUUCAGGUCAUGUCAUGGAACACAAAGGGAAGGGUCACUUUUACCUCCAGUUAUAUUGUCGGGGAAACGGUUUGAUUUAUUUUUAAUUGUUAACUGUGACAUAUACUUAGUCAUCAUAGGAUGUAUGUGGUAUGCCUUGUAGACACUGGCCUGUCUUGAUUGAAGUGGGGUUAGAAUUAGAGGUCGACCGAUUAUUCGGAAUGGCCGAUAUCAAGUUUUCAUAACAAUCGGAAAUCUAUUUUUGGGCCCGAUUUAAAAAAAUAUAUAUAUAUUUUUUUUUAAAUUGUUUUAUACCUUUAUUUAACUAGGCAAGUCAGUCAAGAACACAUUUUUAUUUUCAAUGACGGCCUAGGAUUUUCACCUAGUCAGCUCGGGGGAUCCAAUCUUGCAACAAUACAGUUAACUAGUCCAACGCAAUAACGACCUGCCUCUCUCUCGUUGCACUCCACAAGGAGACUGCCUGUUAUGCGAAUGCAGUAAGCCAAGGUAAGUUGCUAGAUAGCAUUAAACUUAGCUUAUAAAACAACAAUCAUAAUCACUAGUUAACUACACAUGGUUGAUGAUAUUACUAGAUAUUAUCUAGCGUGUCCUGCGUUGCAUACAAUCUGACUGAGCAUACAAGUAUCUAAGUAUCUGACUGAGCGGUGGAAGGCAGAAGCAGGCGCGUAAACAUUCAUUCAAACAGCACUUUCGUGCGUUUUGCCAGCAGCUCUUUGUUGUGCGUCAAGCAUUGCGCUGUUUAUGACUUCAAGCCAAUCAACUCCCGAGAUGAGGCUGGUGUAACCGAAGUGAAAUGGCUAGCUAGUUAGCGCGCGCUAAUAGCGUUUCAAACGUUACUCACUCUGAGCCUUCUAGUAGUUGUUCCCCUUGCUCUACAUGGGUAAAGCUGCUUCGAGGGUGGCUGUUGUCAUUGUGUUGCUGGUUCGAGCCCAGGGAAGAGCGAGGAGAGGGACGGAAGCUAUACUGUUACACUGGCAAUACUAAAGUGCCUAUAAAAACAUCCAAUAGUCAAAGGUUAAUGAAAUACAAAUGGUAUAGAGGGAAAUAGUCCUAUAAUUCCUAUAAUAACUACAACUUAAAACUUCUUACCUGGGAAUAUUGAAGACUCAUGUUAAAAGGAACCACCAGCUUUCAUAUGUUCUCAUGUUAUUGCACUUUUACUUUCUUCUCCAACACUGUUUUUGCAUUAUUUAAACCAAAUUGAACAUGUUUCAUUAUUUACUUGAGGCUAAAUGUAUUUUAUUGAUGUAUUAUAUUAAGUUAAAAUAAGUGUUCAUUCAGUAUUGUUGUAAUUGUCAUUAUUAUAAAUACAAUUUUAUUUUAUAAAAAAAAAAAUCUAAUCGGUCAAUUCAUCAGUAUCGUUUUUUUUGGUCCUCCAAUAAUCGGUAUCGGCGUUGAAAAAUCAUAAUCGGUCGACCUCUAGUUAGAAUAUACAUACACAAGGCUGGUUUCACAGACCCAGUUCAAAUGAAUAUAGAAAAAAAAUUAUGCCAUAGUUACUCAAGAACUGAAUAUCGGUUAACCAUUUUAUUUCAUUAAAAAAAAAAAAAGAUUAACAAUUAGUCCUGGAAUAUUUUAAGAUGUGAUAGUUACCAUGAAUCAUUAUUAAAGUGCAAUUCAGUACAGGAGUAGGAUUAACCUGGUUGAGGGAAAUGUCCAUAAUGUUGGAGUUUAAACUUAUAUUUACAGCCGUAGUUUACCUACGUAAAUUAGUUAACAGGUAAGGUCCCUGCUAGAUGUGCCAAAGGACAGCAUUAGGGAGAAAAUUAAAUCAGCUUCAAUUUUCUACUGUGUUGAAUAAGUAGACUACCUCGCAAGUAACCUUGUUCCAAGUAAGUUGUUACUGCAUGUAGGUAGGUGUUAUAUCACAAUAUAUUAGAGAAUUUCUUUAAACUGAAAUGAAGGAAAAUAAUUAAUUGGGUUGCUUAAAGCUGCAAUCAGCAGUAGAAACAAUAACAAAGCAAAUUCCCCACCCCUGUUUUGGUAAAAAUCUGAUGGAUGGGGUUUGAGAAAUGUAACCACUCUCAAAUUCAUAGACAGAGCUAUGGAUGCAAGGACCGAUCCUUCCAUGAUACAUUUAUUUCACUAGAAAAGUCAGUUAAGAACAAAUUCUUAUUUACAAUGACGGCCUACCCAGGUCAAACCUGGAUGACGCCGGGCCAAUUGUGCGCCGCCCUAUAGGACUCCCGAUCACGGCCGGUUCACCCUUUAAAGGAUAGAAUGGUAACUUCUUACGGGGAGACAAAAGUCAGACAGUUAAAAUAGGAUUUUCCUCUUCCUUCCAUCUUUGAUUAAAUCACUGGUUUCUACAUUAUUUGUUAAACUCCCAAAUCAGCCAGGUCCUAACAGACACCUGCCACUUGUCUGUAUCACCUGUAAACCUGUGUGUAUGGGCACGACGUGUGGCACUGCACACUGGUAGGAGUCAUGAAUCAGUUGGAACCAUGUUAGUAAUGGGCAGUUUUGAUUUUCUCAUUCUGCCUUUUGUCUAUUCUAUAUUAUGUCUCUGUAUACUGUUGUGUAUGAAUUGUACUUUAAUGAGAACCAGACAAAGGUCAUUUUAAACCUUCAACCUUCAAAACAUAUAUUUAUGAUACAUAUAUGAUCGUACAUGUGACUUCUAGUUGUCUGAGCAGAAAUGAGUCCCAAAAAAACAGUUGAUUAUUUAACAUUGGUCUUAUUUCUUUUUAAAUGAUUGCUAUACUCCAGUGAGCCACUCUAUAUUCUGUCAGUUGUGUUGCUUUCUCAGAACCUCGUCUUGUCUUCUGGCAUUUCAUGUUCCACUGUUCUUUUAGUCCACUUAAUGUUUUUUGUUUUUCUUUUGGAGAAGUGGUUGGCUGCAUUUGCAGAGAGAGUGGAAAUAGGAUUCCAAAAAUAAUUAUGUAUUCAGUUUUGCUUUAAAAGUUGGAACAUAAUGGUGAAUAUCCUAUUAGAUAGAGCACAAUAGCUGGGCUGUGACAAUUGCCAAUCAUGGUUGCCAAUUUAAGGUUGGGGGAUGCUUAGUUCCCAGGCCAGCAAGAUCAAGACGGAUAUGGAUAUGAAUUUGGCCUUAGAAAUUCAUCUAAAACGGGUGAAUCUAGGAAACAGAUGAAGGAUUAGGGUGUUUUACUAUAUCUUGAAGUAGCUAGUAAAGAUUUUUGUGGGGGAGAACAUGUGUGCGCUUUCAUUCCCUUAAACUAAUGCUAAUUGUAAAUGAAUAUGUUUCGUGAACCACCAUUCCUGUUUUCCAUUGCCUAGGUAGAACAUCAUUUCAGUUCUACCAGUGUUGUUUCAUGAAUGUGUUGACACCUGUUGCAUUGAGUAUUGAUGGUUCUCUGUGAAGGCGAACUGCAGUAUGUCACACCAGAAUAAGAAAACCAAACAAUUGUAUUAUCUUGUAACAUCUAUUUAUUAGUUAACAUAUUUAUUUAUUUAUUCAUGAAGUUUCUGCUUUUGUAUGUAAAGGUCAUAUACUUGUUACUUUGUGGUCAGUAAAAGAAAAUACACUGCUCAAAAAAAUAAAGGGAACACUUAAACAACACAAUGUAA